AUGUCUCUCUUGCGAUCUAUACGUGCGAUUCGUGGGACGCAGAGCCGUUCGUCUCGGCUUGGUAGCCGCUUUUUGUCCACACGGCCUGUUGCGAUGCAUACUCGUGCAUGGGUUUGGCCGACCGUAGCUCUUGGACUGGGCGUGGCUGCGUGGAUGACGACCUCGCCCUUGGUCUUGGAGGCGCCGAUGGACCGCAUGGUCACCGAGACCAAGUCGUCUUUGCCUAUGCACGCGUAUCUCCAAGCGGAUGAGACAAGCAUCAAUACGCAUGGCAAGCCAUUGCGCCUGGUAGGUAUGGGCGUGCGUACUGUGACGUUCUUGAACAUGUACGUCUACGUCGCCGGGCUAUAUGUUGAAGAAGAUGCACUCCCAGCUGCGCAGGCGCAGUGUAAAAUGGGCGAGGUACCGCUGGAGGAGCAGGUUCGUUCAUGGCUUGAGUCAGGUGUGACUUGUGCCAUUCGCGUGGUGCCAGUCCGUGCCACGGAUUUGAAUCAUUUGCGAGAUGGCUUUGUGCGCACGAUCAAUACGCGUGCCAAGGAUGCACGUACGCCCGAAAACGUGUACCAAAUGACCGACGAGGCGGAAGAGAUGCUCGCACACAACCUGCGCGACUUUAAAGGGCUGUUCCCACGCUCCAAGAUCUCGCGCGGCCAGACUCUCGACUUGAUUGUCCAGCGUGAUGCGUCGUCUAUGUACAUGCUCUCGUUGCAGAUCAACGGCAAGGAAGUGGGCACGGUGAAGAGUGGGCCGACAGCUCGCCAAGGCCUGCCGACCUUUACGCUGCCAUCUGCGCUGCUUCUCGCGUACUUUGGCGAACGCCCUGAUAUUAGCGCCGUCUUCCGUGCGUCGGUGCAGGCGCAUCUGCAAGCCACAUUGCCAUAG